AUGGACGAACCAGUCUCCGUACCAGGCUCGACAGCGACGAUGCCCCGUCUCGGCCUCGGCGUCUACCAACUCAGGGGGGAAGAGUGCUUCGCGGCCUGCCUGGCGGGGUUGGAGGCCGGGUACCGGCACGUCGACACCGCGCAGCUGUAUGGGAACGAGGCGGAGGUUGGUAGGGCGGUUGGGGUGUAUUUGCGACGACAGCGGCAGCGGGAAUCAUCUCGAUGCGAUGACGCCCGUGCUGAAGGGGUCGGGAGGCAGGACGUGUUCUUGACGACCAAGGUUGGAAGGUGGGAGGGCAGCGCGGAGAAGAUGUAUAGGAUUGCUUUACGGAGCGUGUUGAAGGUCGCUGGUGAUGGUGGUGCCGGGGCUGGAGACGGGGAGGGGGAGGGGUACGUUGACCUGGUUCUCGUGCAUCGUCCCGUCGAGCGGUGGAGGGAGAUUUGGAGCGUGUUGAAGAGAUUGGGGAGUGAAGGGCGGGCGAGGGCGAUUGGGGUGAGUAAUUUUGGGAUCGAGGCGUUGGAGGAGAUGAAGCGUGAUGGUGGUGGUGGGGGGUUGCCGUGUGUGAAUCAGAUUGAGCUUCAUCCGUGGUGUCAGCAGCGCCGGCUAGUCGGCUACUGUCAGAGAAACGGCAUCGUCGUGCAGGCGUACAGUCCGCUGGCGCGGGGCCGACGGAUGGCGGAUCCGGUGUUGAUAAAAGUUGUGGAGCGGGUCCGGCGCCGUGUACUUGUACGGGCGGCGGCGGACAACCACCACUACGACCCACAUGAGACGGCAGAAGCGGGUUCGGAGGUCACGGCGGCGCAGGUGCUGAUCCGCUGGUCUCUGCAAAGGGGUUUCGUGCCGCUUCCCAAGAGCGGUGGCGCGGACCGGGUCAGAGAGAACGCAGAUGUCUUUUGGUUCCGGCUUGACGGGGUGGAGAUGGACAUGUUGGAUGGGUUGGAUUUAGGGGCCGCCGGGGCGCUGUUUCCUGCGAAUCUGAGUUGA